AUGCACAUACAAAAAGUUGUCUUUCUUAUUCUUUUGCCCUUGUCCUGUACAAGUUUUGGCAGUUUUCCAGAGUUACAACUAAGUGAAGAACUCUAUAACAUUGAUAUUGACAAUGAAACAAACAUCUUUUUCAUCGGAGGCAAAAAUGUAAUUCUGAAAGUUUCACCGACCUUGAAAGAACUAAAGAGAAUCACAUCUGGGCCUUCGCCAGAUUACAUCAAAUGUCUUGGAUCACAGCCAUAUUGUGCUCAGGAAAUGACCGACAAUAGGAAUAAGAUUCUACUGAUAGACAGUGCAAAUAAAAAGCUCAUCACUUGUGGAUCUUUUAAGCAUGGAGUGUGUCAAGGAAGAAGUCUUGAAACGCUGUCAGUGGAAAUUUCAAAUAAUAAUGAAAUUCAAUAUGUUGUGUCAAAUUCUGAUUUACCCUCAGUUGCUGUAAUUGGUCCAAGUUGGGAUGGGAAACUUGCUUUGUAUAUUGCAACUUCAUGGGAUGGAAAAACUUAUGGAUCAAAGUCUUUUGUCUUUCUCAUAGAUCCAAUGCCUGCUGUAUCUACUCGGAACAUUGACGGGUCGAAUGUUUUUGCCGUUUCUUCAAAUUCAGCACUUGAUGGACAUUCGUUUCUACAAUUUACGGACUUAAAUUAUUUAGUGAAAUAUAUUUAUGGAUUUUCAUUGGGUGGCUUUACUUACUUUGUUUCUGUACAAGAGACAACUGAGUCUUACAACCAAAAGAAGAACCCAAAAGUUUUCAGUACUUUCAUAAUUCGUAUAUGCCAGCGAGACAAGAAUUACAUUUCAUAUUUAGAGUUACCACUGGAGUGCAAAGGAACUAAUGGAACAAAUUUUAAUAUAGGAACAUCGGCCUACCUAACAAAACCUGGAAAAUUUUUUGCUAAGUCUUCUGGAAUUCAAGCUUCAGAUGAAGUGUUAGUCGUAACAUUUGUCCAGACUAAUGGAGGCUGGGAUGAUUCUGCUUCAAAGUCUGGUGUUUGUUUUUAUCCAGUCAAAGAGAUCAAUGAAAAGCUGGCUGCUGACCAGAGGAAAUGUGCAGAUGGCUCAUAUUCAACAGAAAAAUAUGGAUUACCCUGGGUUGAUGAUGUUAAGAACUGUGCUACGACGGUAAUAUUUAAUACACCCAUUAACCAUGAGUUUGUUUCUUCUGAACAGGGAAAUUAAAGUCUGGUUUAACUUGAGUAAUUUACUUGCAACUGCAUGUACGCUCAAUCAUGUAGCACAAUCAUGAGUAAUCAUUUUGUCUUUUAUUGUUGACAGGGUUCAAGUUCUCCAAUAAUCCCUCCUAACUUCUGUCCUGUUUCAAGCAUAUCAUUCAAGUAUGAGAAAUAUCGUUCAAUUAAACUAUCUGCAGCAAAAAAUGCCAUUGUAGAAUAUGAUCAGGGAAUACUAUCUACUGCUGCUGUAGCUGCUAUGCCUUACUUCAGUCACACAGUGUUGUUUAUUGGUACAAAUCAAGGCCAGCUGCACAAGGUACAUGUAUAUUAA